UUCGAUUUUGCGUAUUAGAAUUAAUUAAGGUUAAAGUAAAUUGGCCGACACGCGUUUAUGCACUCCUUAGUUAAGGUCACACCAUAACGGCGCAAUUUUUUUUCCCCGCGUAAAGAAAAAAUCGCGCACUUGUCUUGAGGUGAAGGGGACGACGUUUCGCGCUUAAUUGCCGACUAGCGUAUUCGCGACAAAUGUGAGCAAAUUGGUUAACAGUUUUAAAACGCCCUUAUCGCCCGGCAAUUAACGGUAAUCGGUAAGUCCAAUAUCCCGGGAACAAAGAAAAAUGCCGAAGAAGUAAAAUGGCGCUCGGGGAUGUAGCACGCGGGGUUUGUGCCGCCGCCGCCAUAUUUGUCGUCGUCAACGCGCCUCAGUGCGGCGGGUUUCCGCCAACCAGCGUGGUCCCGAAGUUCUCCAAUUCCCUCAACAACCUGCCUCCCCUGCCGACGCCCAUCAACUUCAUGUGCCAACUGCUGAACAUGACCGUCAGCGGGGUCUAUAGCGCCGCUAAGACUUUUGGCUUCAUCGACACCAAUUCGAUCGACAAAAUACGCAUCCUGCAGUACCAGCAAGAUGGUGCCUACCGCAACUAUUCCUGCGACAGCAAUGAUAUCCCCAUCGAUCCAUCCGAGCCGUUCAAAGUCAUUAUUCAUGGUUGGCGCGCUGAAGCUCAGUGCGGCGGGUUUCCGCCAACCAGCGUGGUCCCGAAGUUCUCCAAUUCCCUCAACAACCUGCCUCCCCUGCCGACGCCCAUCAACUUCAUGUGCCAACUGCUGAACAUGACCGUCAGCGGGGUCUAUAGCGCCGCUAAGACUUUUGGCUUCAUCGACACCAAUUCGAUCGACAAAAUACGCAUCCUGCAGUACCAGCAAGAUGGUGCCUACCGCAACUAUUCCUGCGACAGCAAUGAUAUCCCCAUCGAUCCAUCCGAGCCGUUCAAAGUCAUUAUUCAUGGUUGGCGCGCUGAAGGAAACAGCACUUGGAUCAAGGAAAUGGCGCUCGCCUACCACCACAUAGGCGUGCGGCAAGUUUUGUCGGUGGAAUGGUCGAGUCUGGCCAGCAAAGAUUACGUCACGGCGGCGUCUUCGACGAGAAAAAUCGGCCAGCACGUCGCCGAAAUGAUCUGGCAUCGCAUUCUGAAAAACCAGACGUCUCAGUUGAAUAACGUCCACGUCAUCGGUCACUCGCUGGGGGCGCAGACUGCGGGAUUCUUGGGGAAACACGUCAGCAAUUUGGCCGGGGGAGAAGUGAUUAACAAGAUUUCAGCUUUGGACGCCGCUGCCCCUCUCUUCGAAUAUCCCUUAAACUUGCCAAGUACGGACAGGAUAAGUGCCGAGGAUGCUCGAUUUGUGGAGAGCGUCCACACGAAUGCGGGAUUCCUCGGUUUUCUCAGCGCCUUCGCAAACCACGACUACUACGUCUCGUUCGGGGGGCCCGUGCAACCCGGCUGUUUGGACGGGAUCGACAUUUUUAACGCUUUCCUGUGCAGUCACUCCAGGUCCCACGAGAUAUUCAACAAGACCAUCACUUCGGAUAAGUACCUGGCGAGGUACUGCGACAGUCCGCUACUGGCUUUCGCCAACCUGUGCAACAGGAACCCGUUGGUGAUCAUGGGCGAAAACAAUAAUUCCACGGAGUCCGACGGGCAAUACUUUUUAUUAGUCGACAAGGACAACGAACCGGGCGAACCCAAAUCCAAGAACCUUUUCGACGACAUAUUCGGAUGAUGUGUAAUCUACCUAAUUCCCACCUAGCAUGGUUAUUAGCCUGUAGACACUUUAAAGAGAAAAAAUACAUUUAACUCUAUUAUUUAAA